AUGGAAAACAUCACUACAGUGAGUGAGUUUCUUUUACUAGGCCUAACGAGUAUUCAGGAGCUGGAACCAUUCUUCUUUGUGAUUUUCUUAGUCAUUUACUUCAUCAACUUGUUUGGAAAUGGAGCUAUUUUAGUGAUUGUUAUUCGGGAACCUAAACUCCACUCCCCUAUGUAUUUCUUCCUGGGAAAUCUUUCUUGCCUGGAUAUUUGCUAUUCUUCAGUGACGUUGCCCAAAGUACUUAUAAACCUACUUGUCACUCACAGGACCAUAUCAUUCCUGGGCUGUAUCAUGCAGCUCCACUUCUUCCACUUUUUGGGAAGCACAGAAGCCAUCUUACUGGCUGUCAUGGCCUUUGAUCGGUUUGUGGCCAUCUGCAACCCCCUUCGUUACACUGUCAUCAUGAACCGCCAGGUGUGUAUUCUGAUGGCAGCUGUGGCUUGGAUCAUCAGUUUCUUUUAUGCACUGAUGCAUUCUGUCAUGACUGCACACCUGAACUUUUGCCACUCUCGAAAACUCAAUCACUUCUUCUGUGAUGUCAAGCCCCUGCUGGAACUGGCCUGUGGCAACACAGUCCUCAAUCAGUGGCUUCUUGCUGUUGUCACGGGCAGCAUAUCCAUGGGAGCUUUCUUCCUGACUCUCCUUUCCUACUUCUACAUUAUUAGCUUUCUUCUGAUCAAGAAUCGGUCCUGCAGAGCACUUCGCAAGGCUCUGUCCACGUGUGCCUCCCACUUCAUGGUGGUAUUUCUUUUCUAUGGACCUGUAGGUUUUACAUACAUUCGUCCUGCCUCAGCAACUUCCAUGUCUCAGGACCGGAUGGUGGCCAUCAUAUACAGUGCGGUCACCCCAGUGCUGAAUCCACUGAUAUAUUCUCUUAGAAAUAAAGAGGUGAUGUUGGCACUGAAGAAACUCUUUGGGAGAACGUUGUUAAAAGACUGGCGGCAGCAUCAUUGA